GUGCUUACGACAGAAUUCUAUUUAGAAACGCGUUCAAAAGGUUGUGUUGUUGUGUCGGUUUUGGGAACGGAACUGGGGAAAUGUUGUCAAAAGCGGUAAAAACGUGUUUUUCAGGUGUUACAAAUGUAUUUCGAGGGGGACAGGUACUUUCCACUGCAAAUGCCAGAAUGCAACACAGUCUGCCCCAGAAAGGGGAAGCUCCCCCAUCCAAAAGGCUGGAGACCUCCAGUGCAAAGUCUCUGAUGGAUAUUGGAACCCGCCGGAUCUUCAGCGCGGACCAUGACAUGUUCAGGGAGAGUGUCCGGCGUUUCUGGACAGAGGAAGUUGUACCCUACCACAAGGAGUGGGAGAAGGCUGGUAUGGUGAGCAGGGAGCUGUGGCAGAAAGCUGGGGAGCAGGGCCUGCUGGGGAUCCUGGUCCCGGAGGAGCAUGGUGGGAUCGGAGGGGACAUGCUGUCAGCAGCCGUGAUGUGGGAGGAGCAGAUGUACUCCAACUGCACUGGCCCUGGAUUCGCCCUCCAUUCAGAUAUCUGCAUGCCCUACAUAAGUAACUACGGCUCUAAAGAACAGAUUGAUCGCUUCAUACCACAGAUGACUGCUGGAACAUGCAUUGGGGCUAUCGCCAUGACCGAGCCAGGAGCAGGCAGCGACCUCCAAGGUGUCAGGACCUACGCUAAGAAGGACGGUGAUGACUGGAUCCUCAACGGAAACAAAGUGUUCAUUACCAACGGCUGUAUGGCCGACUUGGUUAUUGUGGUAACCGUGACAAACCGGGAGGCGAAGACAGCGGCCCACGGCAUCAGCCUCUUUCUGGUGGAGAAAGGAAUGCCGGGCUUCCAAGCAGGGAAGAAGCUGGAAAAGAUUGGCCUGCAUGCACAGGACACGGCAGAGCUGUUCUUUGAGGACGUGCGUCUUCCUGCUUCAGCCCUCCUGGGUCAGGUCAACAAGGGCUUCUACUACCUGAUGAACGAGCUGCCACAGGAGCGCCUGCUGAUUGCAGACAUGGCUAUCUCCAGCAGUGAGUUCAUGUUUGAGGAGACCAGGAACUAUGUGAUGCAGCGGAAAGCUUUUGGCAAGACCAUCUCUCACCUGCAGACAGUUCAGCACAAGCUGGCAGAGAUAAAGACCGAGAUCUGUGUGGGACGCUCCUUUCUAGACAACUGCCUUCAGCUCCACGCAGAGAAUCGUCUGGACUCGCAAACCGCCUCUAUGGCCAAGUACUGGGCGUCUGACCUCCAGAACUCUGUGGCCACUCGGUGUGUCCAGCUCCAUGGAGGUUGGGGUUACAUGUGGGAGUACCCCAUCGCCAAGGCUUUUGUGGACUCCCGUGUCCAGCCCAUAUACGGAGGCACCAAUGAGAUCAUGAAGGAGUUGAUCGCUCGUAGCAUCGUCAGCCAGAAGUGAGAGAAACGCAAAAAAACAAAUGCCAUUUCUUAGUGUGGAACAAAUUAGUACAUUAAUUUGUUAUACCAACAACAGUUUUGAAUGUGUUAGCUACUUAAUUUGUCUUUGCCUUUUGAUGUCCUUAGCAUUCACCCUAGAGAUACCACUGACUAAUCAUGAUUUCUUCCAUUUCAGUUCUUUAACUUUUGAUCUGAAUUUUUGUAAUGAUUAUAAAGUGUGAAAAGUCUUUGAAAGCAGAUAUCCAUGUCUGUGUAAAAGUAACAAAAAAUCCUGUUGGUAUGGUUACUCCAGUCGCAUUAUCUAAUGUUUGGUUAGAGACAUUUGUAUCUUUUCAGAUUUAAACAGCUGAGAAGUCGAGGAAUAUAUAAAUUACUUGUACAUUCUGUCUAUCUGUCUGGAAAAGGGGGUUAAAAUCAAUAUAUGUCUAGGUCACUUUUACGCAUUGCUUUUAUUGUACAAUUGAAUCAUACCCUUUUUUUUCCAACCUGAGUCCAGUUGAAAAUAUAUAAAUUGAUCCCAGGUGCACACCAAAUAACCGCACCCUAGUCCACUUGAAUGAGGAUGUCUCAGGCUGCUUCCAAAUGAACCCUGGCAUGGUUCCUUUCGAGUGAGAAUGCACUCUGAUGCACUCAAAUAUAGAAAGUGACCUAGAAAUGCUGUGUAUUUUGGGUUGUAUUUAUGUAUUAGUUGGGCCAUCGUAAGAUACCUGUAUCAACUGCUAGCUAGCAUAAUGGAGGCAGAGGAAAGACAUGGAGCUGGGUUGGAGAAGUCCAUGAAAAUUCAGAGGUAUCAAAACAUCUUUGUUAUAUAUUGAGGUAUUUGGGCAAUGUUAAACCCUAUUGGACUAAAUAGGGAUGGAAACUAAAAUAUAAACCUUUCUUUAAUUUGGGUACGAGUAGGUGAGAAAGCAUGACCUAAGAUUACAUUUGACUUAGAUGUAACAAUUCCAUCCCCUUUCAAUGAAUAUGGACUAAAUAGGUAUUCAGGAUUUCUCUGUUCAAUUCUUUCCUGGGAUUUUUUUGCACUUGGUUUUUCUUGGGUUUGUACAAAGGGAACAUGUUCUUGAAUCCAUCCAUCCCUUUACUGUAUCAUUGCAGUCUCAUGAGCUUGAAACAGUGAUCAAAUGAACAAAAUUUAUAGCAUAUUUUUUACCCCAUCUAAGCUUUACACAGGCUACUUAAUUCUGAUAUUGUUUUCACAAAUUUUUUUUGACCAAUCCGAACUACUCGAAAAUACAGGACUCCUCGGAUGUCUAAUCUGUGUCAACACAGUCCAUGUGUCUGUGCCCGUGAGUAUUUGGGGAAGAAAUUGUAUUGCUCUGUUAAAAGGUUGAAUGUGUAAUUUGAUAUAUUUAAUUUUUAAUUUAUUUUCAAUGUGCUACUAAUACAACUGUUAAUAUUGCCACGCCUGAAGUGUCCUUGAAUGCUUCCACUCAUUAGCGUUGUUUGUUUUAUUGUAUUUAAGCACUGCCUUAAUAAAUUCUCUGUUGUUCUGUGUAAUGCUGAAUUCAGUUCCAUGAGGGGCUUUCUGUCUUGUUUAAACUUUAAAUUGGAAGCAUCCUGGAUCAUU